CCAUUUGGCUUUUAAUAAAACGACAUCUGACGAUAUCCAACGAUAUCUAGCAGCAGUGGUGAGCAGUGGUGAGUGUGGUGACGUCUGCGGUGUUGUUUCGCGCCAACGAGAUAAAAAGGCGGGCUUUUGGUUAAUAACCUGUGCGUUUCUGCGAUCGGUAGACAUAAAAGACUAUGUCGCAGCCAUCAGUAACGGCGUACUUUAAUACGCGCAAACGACAGGCGUGUGACGAAUUACGCGGCAAAUCCAAGAUUUUACUGUUAGAGCGGGAUAACCAAGCGCAGACAACAACUACCAUCGAGAGCAAGUCGGCGGAGCAAUCCGCGUCUGACGAGACAAGUCUGACGGGAAGCAGUCCGAAAAUCAUGUUGCGGAAUGAUAACGCAAAUUUCAAGGACGGUAUUCGGGCCAACAAAGCGAUCCGCAAUAUUCAAUUCGAUUCUUCGAAAGUGAGUAGACCCAAAAUGCGAGCCACUCGCUCUCGUACAUUGCCCUCCACCAUUGACGAAAGCCAGACAGACAUCAGAGAGAGCUUUUCAAAAGUGGCCAAUGAUCCAGAGAUCAAGAAAGUUCCUUUCGAGAAGAUAGGUACACUUAGUCCGAAAAAGAAGUCGCAACAGAUACCCAAGAAGGCUUCUGCCGCUAUUUCCAAAGAUAUCGUCCAAAAAGAAACAGAAAAGGAACAACCUGUCAACAUACUUGGUUCUCUCACUCCACCAUCGUCAAAGCUUUCAACGAUGGAAAGACUUGCAAGAAAUGAAGACUUAAGUUUGACUGACAUCAAAAACAGAAUCAACAAGUCGUCCAGAUUGACAGAGCUGAAAGCCAUAAUGCGACGAAUCACCAAUCACGAACAAACAUUGGAGCAAUUACAAAAACAGACUGAGAUUGAGAAACCUCAGAUGCAAAAGUUUGAUAAGGUGGAACUUGAAAUUCCUGUGAGCCCACAAAAGACGUAUAAAUCUCCAACUAAAGGAUUACUGACUCCAACCAAGGAUAAAAAUCUCUCCAAGAUAGCUAGUCCUCAAAGGCGAAUUUUGUUCGAGCCUAAGGAGACAACGCCAAGUCCAGGGAAAUCCAGUCCUGUUAAGGCAUAUCAAAAAUAUCUGUCUCUGGCUGAAAGCGAGAUACCUGGAUUGGCAUUACCAUAUAACUAUAGAUUUUUGGCUGAGAUAUUCAGAUGUGUAGAUACGGUUUCAGCAAUGCUAUUUAAUAGAAAAGAAUUGAUAACAUUCAAUAAACUAAAACCUGCAGUUCAAGAAUUAUUACGUCGUAAUUUCACACAAGAGCAUCUAGCUCAAAUCAAAACUAUUUACCCUGAUGGUUAUACUUAUCAUCAAGAAAAGCAUCGAAAUUUUGGUUCAAUGUCCAAGCAUGAAAAAUAUGAAUUAGUUCUAACACCUGUAGUUGAAGAAAUUAAUGGCAGAAAUACACCUGAUGCAGAUAACGUAUUGAAAACUGCAUCUGAAAACAGUAUGAACCCUACAAUAUUAUUGGAAAGAAGGAAGAAAUUUUAUAAUGCUUUAUUAGAAAGAGUGAAGAGUGAACACGAGAAAUUUUUGUCAAGCCUUGGGACUCCGAGAUUAAUGAAUAUACCAAGAGAGAAAAUAGUACGCUGGCAUCCCGAGUUUGAUGUAGAGUCUUGCGAGAAAAUUGAGCAAGCUGUAUUACCACAACCACCUCACGUUGAAAAACCAACUGCUAAAGAUGUUCUUGACAAAGCUAAAUCUCUGUUUAAUUGUGGUACACGUAUGGAGAAAGCAUUGCAAAGACUUGCCGAAGCAAAUCUAACUUCCAAAUCUUCAUCUUUGACACAAGAUUCUGCAACCCAAACAACAGAGAAUAAUGUUCCAAAGAUUAACAUUGCUAUUGUAGACACUCCCCCAAGUACACCAUCCAUGCAAACAAAUCAUCUGAGUACACUAUUUAAAGGUAUCCCCAAAGCUUUACUUGAAAAGGUUCGUGCUAAACAAACGGCCAAGGCAUUAGAAGCAAUGACGAGAACACCAAAUGCAGAUAAAGAGGCUGCAUUAUACUCCAGACUUCCCGAAUUAGCGAAACUUCUUCGCAAUAUCUUCGUGGCAGAAAAAAAGAGCGUUUUACCAAUGGAAUCAGUGAUACAAAAAUUAAAUAAUUCCUUCAGAACGAAACUAACAUCGCAAGAAAUGGAGGAGCACAUACGACAAUUGUGCAAGCUGUUACCUACAUGGACCAAUAUACAUAACGUACGAAAAGUGGAUUAUUUGAAAUUAGAUAAAAACGUUGAACUUGCUAAAGUGAUUAAACGAUUAGAAAUUUUAGCCAAUGAUAAAGUGAAGACAACAUCCUAAUUUGUACGUUCCGAUAAAUUAUAUUUUGGAUAUCUGCAUUUUCACCUAAUAGUGAAACUAUUAUGCUGUUCAAAUCAGAAACAUUUGAUUUUGCAUAUUUACACAUUUCUAUAUCGUGAUAAAAAGAGGAUUGUAUAAUGUAUCUUAUUAUAUAUAAUUUAUGACACCACCAUUUGUUCUUCACACUUCGCAGAACAUUUUUAGUAAAUAUGAAACUCUGAAGUAUGAAAUAAAAUGUAACAAAUGGGAAUAUA